CCCCGGGAGCCGGCGAGUCUGCGCAGGCGCGCCGCGGGCAGCCGCUCCCAGCGUGCCUCGCGGCGGGUCCCGGGGGCCUCUGGGGCCUCGGCGCAAGAUGGCGGCGGCGGGGUCCGCGGGCGCGGGCGGCGGCUUCGGCGGCGACUCUGAGCGGCCCGCAGCCCCGGGCUCUGCCCGGCCCCCGCCGCCGCGCCAUGCUGCGUCCCACCGGCUUCUUCCGCGCCAUCGACUGUCCCUACGGGCCCGGGGCGCCCGGGGGGCCCUGCCGCCGCCCCUACUGCCACUUCCGGCACCGCGGGGCGCGGGGGCCCGGGGCGCAGCCCCCCAGCGCAGGCUACGACCUCUACGACACCGAGCCGCCACAGCCGCCCCCGCAGACAGACGGCGGGACCCCGGGCCCUGGGCUGCUGGAGCUGGAGCUGGUGAACCAGGCCAUCGAGGCCGUGCGCUGCGAGGUGGAGCGGGAGCAGAGGCGUUACCGCGAGCUGCUGGAGGCCAGCGGCCAGGCCCCCGCGCCCCCCAAGUACUCGGCUGCCUCCCCGGAGCGGGCGCAUGGCCGUGGGACCCCGGAGUACGUGCCCGGCCGGCCGGGGGGCAAGUACGUGCUCGACCGCAGCAGGCCCAGCACCGACCUGGAGUAUGACCCCCUCUCCAACUUCUCCGCCCGCCUGCUGGGCCGCGCCCCCAAGCGACCCCGCGGCCCCCAGCCCUACAGCCCCGCGCUCAAGAGGCCCCGCGAGCCCUACGCCGAGGCCCGCUUCUCCGAGGACGAGGACGAGGGGGACGGGGACCGGACCCCCGCCGCGCCCGGGGAACCCCCUGCUGACGCCGGCCUCCGGGGCACCCGGGAGACCGCCGUGCAGUGUGACGGCGGGGAUCUGGGCCAGCCGACGUCCCCCGGGACCCGGGACCCAGCGUGGCCCAAGAAGAAGCGGCGGGACCGCCAGGAGGGCGCCCAGAAGAGAGGGGAGGAGAAGGAGGAGGAGGAGGAGGCCCCGGGCCCCAAGGGGCCGGCCUCGGACCGGAGAGCCCCCUUGGGCCCAGCCGCCCCCGCCCCCCCGCCCCCAGAGCGCAAGGCCGCCCCCGAGCCCAAGCGCCGCGCCCUGAGCCAUGCUGAGCUGUUCGGGGAUGAGAGCGAGGACGAGGGGCCCCCCGCCCAGCCCCCCGAGACCCCCGGCCUCAGCUCUGGCUGCUCAGACUCUGACUCGGACUCCAGUCCUGAGGCGGCCGCCCCCCCGCCCCGGGCCUCCGACAAGAGGCUCAAGGCCUCUCCGGGCACGGCCCCCGCCUCCCCGGCCCGCUCCCCCCGGCCCGCUCCCCCCUGCCCGCCCUGCUCCCCCUCCUCCUCGUCGUCCUCGUCCUCCUCCUCCUCAGGCGGGAACCUGGCGGCCCUGGCGGGGGAGGUGGACCUGGAGGGGGACCCCAUGGAGGAGUGCCUGCGCAUCUUCCAGGAGGCCGGCCGCGCCAAGGCCCCGGACCAGGACCGCAGCCGGCCAGCCCGACAGGAGCGGGAGCAGCGCAGAGACAAGGGGCCCUCGGCGCCCAGCACCCUGCUGCCCGGGCAGAAGCGGCGCAUCUCCCACCUAGCCAAGCGGGGCAAGGAGGAAGAGCCCACCAGGAGUGCCCCUGCGCCCCCCGCCCGGCCUCCCACGGCCCAGGAGGUGUGCUACCGGCGAGCCGAGCAGGCACAGCGGGACUCUGCCCACUGGCUGCAGGCGGCGCGCGAGCCUCCCUCUGGGAAGCCCUCCUCCGUGCACAUAUCCGUGCCCGGUGAGAAGAGGAGGAGGGUGGCACACGCUCCUAACCCCCGGCUGGCCACAGCCCUGGCCGCCCCCCGCGCACCCCCCGCCGGCGCCAGCCACCCCCCGCCCGGCCCCGCGCUCAAGGCCCGGACGCUCGCCCGCAUGGCGUCCAAGACCACCACCGUCGCCGUGCCCAAGCGUGUGGCUCACAGCCCAUCUCUGCAGGGGCUAAAGAGGCCCGUCAUCCCCAGAGAGUUUGGGGGCAAGGUCCCCACCGUGGUCCGCCAGCGCUACCUCAACCUGUUCAUGGAGGAGUGCCUCAAGUUCUGCGCCUCCAGCCAGGAGGCAGUGGAGAAGGCCCUGAGCGAGGAGAAGGUGGCCUACGACCGCAGCCCCAGCAAGAAUGUCUACCUGAGCGUCGCCGUCAAUGCCCUCAAGAAGCUGCGCGGCCUGGCGCCCGGGGCCGCCUCCAGCUCCGUGCCAGGCAAGAGCAGCGGCCGCAAGCUGGUGUCCCACGAGGUGGUGCUGGGGGGCCGGCUGGCCGCCAAGACCAGCUUCUCGCUCGGCCGGCCCGGCAGCCCCCGCACGGAGGACCUCAAGGGCCCCGCGCUGUACGUCCGCCUGCGUGACUAUCUCCUGAGCGAGGAGCAGCUGAAGGAACACGGGUACCCCUUCCCGCACCCCUCGCGGCCCGGCGGCGCCGUGCUCUUCACGGCUGACGAGAAGAAGCCCAAGGACGCCUCCUGCAGGGUCUGCUGCCGCUGCGGGGCGGAGUACACGGUGUCGCCCACGGGCCGCUGCCUGCGUGAGGAGGAGUGUCUGUACCACUGGGGCCGCCUCCGCAGGGCCCGCGUGGCCGGCGGCUGGGAGGCCCAGUACCUGUGCUGCGCGGCCGCCAUCGGCUCUGCGGGAUGCCAGGUCGCCAAGCAACACGUGCAGGACGGUCGCAAGGAGAACCUGGAGGGCUUCGUGAGGACCUUCGCCAAGGAGCUGCCCCCCGACGCGCACCCCGGGGUCUUUGCCCUGGACUGCGAGAUGUCCUAUACCACCUACGGCCUGGAGCUGACACGCGUGACGGUGGUGGACACGCAGCUGCAGGUGGUCUACGACACCUUCGUGCGGCCGGACAACGACAUCGUGGACUACAACACCAGGUUCUCGGGCGUCACGGAGGCCGACCUGGCGGGCACGAGCACCUCGCUGCGGGACGUGCAGGCCGUGCUGCUCAGCAUGUUCAGCGCCGACACGGUGCUCAUCGGCCACAGCCUGGAGAGCGACCUGCUGGCGCUCAAGACAGAUCAUCCAGGACAGCGUGGACGGGCACAGCUCGAGCGAGGACGCCAUCGCCUGCAUGCACCUGGUGGUCUGGAAGCUCCGCCAGGAUGCCCAGACCCGGCGGUGACCGGUGAGGUGCCGGCCGCCCUCACCCGCCCUCACCCGCCGGCCCACAGUGCAAUAAACAGCUGCUCAGCCGCCCCGCCGCCGCCACCGCCCCGCCCUCUCGCUCUCCCGCUCAUUUGUACUUUCUUUUUAUUAUUUUCUUAAUUUAAACCGGAUGACUGGCACAGUUGUCUCCCCCCCCCCCGCCCUCCCUCCCCCCAAAGCCCGGAGGAGCCAGGCCCUGGUGCUGGGGUCCCCCACCCCGAGGCCGGAGGCUGCCCCUGCGGCCUCUGGGAGCCCCCGCCCAACCCCGACCCCAGGGCCUGGGGCCGCAGUCUCCCACCCCCCCCAGGCUCUGCCAGGCCCAGACCCGGCCCGCCCGCCCCGCCAAGGGGGAAUAAACGUUUGUAUGGAGUUUA